AUGUUAUUAAAUCUAAUUCAAAUAAUUUUCUUCAACUUAUUUGUUUGGAUUAUAAAACCUUCACUUGCUUUUGGACUAUCACUUUUGUACUAUUUCACUUAUUCAACAAUUGUGCUUACAGAUUUUAUCCUUUCAUUUUUUGUAAGAGAUUGUGAAUUAAGAAAUAAAAAUUUCAUAAAUCAAGUCAGAAUAAAAAUCAAUGAGCUACGUCCUUAUCCAGGAGUAUACACUUCAGCAAGUACUUAUUUUAUCUUAAUUAUUAAGCUGAUAUGAUUACAGAAAAAGGAUAUAAUUUAGAAAUUCAUCAAAUCUUAACAGAAGACGGAUACAUUCUCACAGCCUGGAGAAUGUAUAAAAAUAUCAAAAAGGAAUAUAAAUAUCCUAUGUAAAUAUACAAUAAAAUAUUAUUCUUAGUGUACUACAACAUGGUUUGUUAGAUAGUUCAUGGUCUUGGUUUAUUAAUAAUACUAAUGAACAAACUCUGCCUUAUAUCUUAGCAGAUAAAGGUUAUGAUGUUUGGUUGACUAAUAAUAGAGGAAAUAAAUAUUCUAUGGGACAUAGCAAGAUUCCAGGUGUUUCAUACAAUAAAAAAUAUUGGAAUUUUAGUUUUGAUGAUAUUUAGAAAUAUGAUUUCAAAGCAAUAAUAAAUCAUGUUAAGAGAGCUUCAUAAAAAGAGAAAGUAAUUUAUAUAGGCCAUUCCUAAGGUUCAACUUAAGCAUUUGCAUAUUUAUCAAAUAAUAUUGAUUUCUAAGAAAACUUAAAAUGCUUUAUUGCAUUAGGACCUGUUAUUUAUAUUAAAAAUUCAGUAAUAAAUAUAAUAUUAUUAUAAUAGAAAUCAGUAUUUCUUAAAUUUGCUGUAAAAACAUGGAUAUUUGAAAUCACAAAAUUAAUUGGAAUACCAUACUUUUUUGUUUUUGAUGAUUGUUUUAAUUUAAAAAUAGGUGCACUUUGUGAUAUGAUUCCUUGGAUCUACAGAAAAUUCUUGUUUUCAAUAACCAAUCUGAUUUGUGGAUAUCCAUUAUAAAAUAAAAUAGAUCUUAAGAAAUUUGGAUUUAUGGUGUCUCAUGAACCUGGAGGUACAUCAACAAAAACAUUGGUUUAAUGGUAAUAGUAUAUUGAUUCAUAUUUAGGAUGUAAUUUUAUAGAAAUGGAACAUUUUCUUAUUUUGAUUAUGGUAGAUCUAGAAAUAUUAAAGAAUAUGGUUAAUCUAUUCCUCCAAAAUAUAAUGUAGAAAAUCUUUGUUAAUUAAAAAUACCAAAAUAUUUCUAUAUUGGAACUAAGGAUGUAAUUGCUGAUGAAAAAGAUCUUUAAAUGACAAUUCCAUUAUUUGACCCAUCCACUCUUUAAAUUAAAAUGAUAAAUGAUUAUGCUCAUUUAGAUUAUGUUUGGGCUAUUGAUGCUUACAAGAAGCUUUAUGCCAAUAUAUUAGAAAAUAUUGAAUAAAAUUAAACAUUAUGA